UAUAGAUUAGCAAAAAAGAAAAAUGAACGUUAACCACGGAGAUGAAACUGAAGUUAACCACGGAGAUGAAACUGAAGUUGACAAUGAUGGGGAAGAUGAAAUUUAUCAUAAGCGACCUGAUAAAGACAAAGCACUAAAGAAAUACAGAAAAUUGAAACUUAGACUAGAUGAUUUUAUGGAAGAAAUGAGGAAAACAGUGUCAUUAUUAGUGUCUAACUCUGUGACAACUGCAUCGUUCUCUGGUACUACUUCAACAUCAUCAUCAUCUGAUAUGACUGCAACUGCAGUGACAUCUGGUACUACUACAAUUGCAUCACCAUCUGAUACUACUACAACUGCAUUGACAUCUGGUAGUACUACUACAAUUGCGCUGACAUCUGGUACUACUACAAUUGCAUCGUCAUCUGGUACUACAACAAUUGCAUCGUCAUCUGGUGCUACUACAGUUGCAUUGUCUGGCACUGCUGCAACCGAUCUAAAUUGGAGCAGCUACAGGCUUUAUCGCUCCCAGCACCCAGGACCUCUUGCUGAGAGGUCCUUUAACAAAUGGUGCCUUAAUAAUGGUAUGGAUGAGCCCUCAUUUAAAUGGAGAGCUCAUCCAUACAGGGGUGCUGGGAGGCACCAAGGAAAAAACAGCAACAAAAAAAUUUUAAAUAUCUUCAAUCAGCAAGUUGAAAAUAAUCGUCGCAGAAAUGCCAGAAAUAGGCUGAGGCGAGAUGAAAUUAAUAAUCAACAGAAUGCUAGAUAUGCUGUUCGGCAAGCCGCAAAUAAUUUGAAUCAAAAUGAGGACAAUGUUAAUAGGCAAUUUGAAAAUAAUCGUCGCAGAAAUGCCAGAAAUAGGCUGAGGCGAGAUGAAAUUAAUCAUCUUCAAAAUAUUAGAUAUGCUGCUCGGCAAGCUGCUAAUAAUUUGAAUCAAAAUGAGGACAAUGUCAUUAGGCAAGUUGAUAAUAAUCGUCGCAGAAAUGCAAGAAAUAGGCUGAGGCGAGAUGAAAUUAAUAAUCAACAGAAUGCUAGAUAUGCUGCUCGGCAAGCCGCUAAUAAUUUGAAUCAAAAUGACGACAACGUCAUUAGGCAAGUUGAUAAUAAUCGUCGCAGAAAUGCAAGAAAUAGGCUGAGGCGAGAUGAAAUUAAUAAUCAGCAGAAUGCUAGAUAUGCUGGUAGGCUUGAAAGAAUGCAUUGUAUAGCAAGAAGUAAUACUAUUCCAGAUUAUAAUUAUUUAGGAGAAAUGAAUCAUAUUUGUCAGCAUUGUGGUGCUAAAAAAUUUCCUGAUGAAACACAUUUUUUAUGUUGCCAUAAUGGAAAGGUAGUUUUGUCUCAACUUUCACCAUUUCCGCAAGAUUUACAAGAUUUAUUUACAGGAAGUUAUGUAGAUCGAAAUGCCAAUGUGAAUUUUCUAAAAUAUAUUCGAAAUUUACCGCUAAUGUAG